AUGAAGAUACCUGAAUUUCUCUGCCUCCCAACCACCACCACAAAGAUUUCUCUUCCCCCUACCAACAUUUCUCUUCCCCCUACCAACAUACCAAGAUUUCUCUUUUAUUCCCCACCCCCACUGGGAUAUUUCAAAAGUCUGUCAUCCCUCUCUCUCAAAUACAGAAAGUCUGUCACCCCUGUCUCUCUCUCUCUCUCUCAAAUACAGAAAGUCUGUCAUCCCUCUCUCUCUCUCAAAUACAGAAAGUCUGUCAGCCCUCUCUCUCUCUCUCUCAAAUACAGCCCUCUCUCUCUCUCAGAUACAGAAAUACAGAAAGUCUGUCAGCCCUCUCUCUCUCUCAAAUACAGAAAGUCUGUCAGCCCUCUCUCUCUCAAAUACAGAAAGUCUGUCAGCCCUCUCUCUCUCUCUCAAAUACAGAAAGUCUGUCAGCCCUCUCUCUCUCUCAAAUACAGAAAGUCUGUCAGCCCCCUCUCUCUCAAAUACAGAAAGUCUGUCAGCCGCCUCUCUCUCAAAUACAGAAAGUCUGUCAGCCGCCUCUCUCUCAAAUACAGAAAGUCUGUCAGCCGCCUCUCUCUCAAAUACAGAAAGUCUGUCAGCCCUCUCUCAAAUACAGAAAGUCUGUCAGCCCUCUCUCUCUCUCAAAUACAGAAAGUCUGUCAGCCCUCUCUCUCUCUCAAAUACAGAAAGUCUGUCAGCCCUCUCUCUCUCUCAAAUACAGAAAGUCUGUCAGCCCUCCUCUCUCUCAAAUACAGAAAGUCUGUCAAAUACAGAAAAGUCUGUCAGCCUCCUCUCAAAUACAGAAAGUCUGUCAGCCCUCUCUCUCUCUCUACAGAAACUCUGCUCAUCAUUCAUUCGCAUCCCUCUCCAAAAUUUCCCCUCAUUCAUUCGCAUCCCUCUCCGAAAUUUCCCCUCAUUCAUUCGUCUAACUCUCCUAAUUUUUUCUCCUUUUAUUGGUGUCCCUCUCCUUACAUUUUUCCCCUUUUAUUGGUGUCCCUCUCCUUACAUUUUUCCCCUUUAUUGGUGUCCCUCUCCUUACAUUUUUCCCCUUUUAUUGGUGUCCCUCUCCUUACAUUUUUCCCCUUUUAUUGGUGUCCCUCUCCUUACAUUUUUCCCCUUUUAUUGGUGUCCCUCUCCUUACAUUUUUCUCCUUUUAUUGGUGUCCCUCUCCUUACAUUUUUCUCCUUUUAUUGGUGUCCCUCUCCUUACAUUGGUGUCCCUCUUUAA